AUGAAUAUUAUUCUUUUUAUUGUGACAAUAUGUAUGAGUAUUCCAAGUGUAUUUAUUAAUCUAUUUGCUAUAUAUCGACUUCAUGCUAAUACUAAAUUAAGUGUUUUUGUUUUUCGUACAAUACUUCAUGUUAGUUUAUUAACAACAUGUAUAUGUGUGCCGUUCUUUUUAAUUGAAUUAUAUUUUAAUUCCUAUUUUCCAUUAUCACCAUCAAUAUGUAAAUUAUGGUUAAUUGUUGAUUAUGCAUCAAAUGUUUGUCUUGGUCUUUUAGUAUGUUGGGCAUCAAUACAACGUCAUAUACUUAUAUUUGGUCCAAUACAUAUUAAGAAACUUCAAUCAACAUUUAAAUAUAAAUUAAUACCAAGUAUUCUUGCAUUAGGUCUCCCAUUAGCAUGGUAUUCAAUAUUAGCAGCAACAUGUACAUUUGAUAAAACAUUACGUGAAACAUUUCGAUGUCGUCCAUGUUUUGAAAAUGAAAAAUUUAUUUUUCUAAUUGAUACGAUUUUAAGCUUAAUUUUACCAUUAUUUGUUACUAUAGUAGUGACAUUUUUUUUAUUAAUACGUAUAAUACGUUUACGUCUUAGAAUAUUUCGUUUUCCAUCAAAAAAAUGGCGCCGUUGUAAACGUUUAACACGUCAAAUGAUAUUAUUUUCAUCAAUUUAUUUAAUUGGUCUUGUACCAUAUGUUUUAACAAAUUUAAAUUCUUUAUAUAAUUUUUGGCCAUCGAUCAAUUUACCAUGGUGUAUACAAAUAGCUGAUGCAUUUACAUAUGUUCCGUGUUGCUUUUCAUCAUUUUUAAGUAUAUAUGCAUUUCCAGAAAUCUGGACGCAUCGAAAAGAUCGCCGUUAUAGGCAUCAUCAUCAUCAUCUUCAAAAACCAAAUCGAAAACAUAACAUAAGAUUAACAAAGACGUCUACAAUGUUAUCAACAAUGGCAUGA